CACUGGAGCUACUGGGAGGCUCUGGCGAUCCCGGCGGGGAACUGGGAGGCACUGGGAGCACUGGAGGUACCCGGGGCGGGUGCUUUAUCCCCGCUGACCCCCUUGCCCCCCCCCCAGCUGAGCUACGCCGAGGCUCUGUGCCGCCCGGCGCCCGAGCUGGCCGCCAUCCACGUCUCGCUGGCCACCACCUUCGGCGACCUGCAGCAGCCCGCGCGCGCCGAGCACCAUUACCGGCAGGAGCUGGCCCUGCACCACGGCGACCCGCUGGAGGAGGGGAGGACGUGGCUGAGCAUAGCGCUGGCCAAGGAGGAGGCCGGCGAGCCCCGCGCCGAGGUGGAGGCCUGCCUCGGGACGGCGCUGGAGCGGGCGGAGGCGGCGGGGGAGCUGCGGCUGCAGGUGAGGGCGCGGGGCGAGCGCGGGGCCACCGGGCCGGCACGGUGCCACGGCGCCGACCCGGUGCCGCGGUGCUGCCGUGGUGUCACGGCGCUGACCCAGUGCCAUGGAGCGGACUCGGUGCCACG